AUGUUAACCAGGUGGUUAACUUUCACAGCCUUCCUCGCCGUCCCAGCCAAUCCAGGAAAAGGAGCUACCAGCCAGGGCACUCUGACUGUGGCCCCCACCUGCCAGGUCAAAGGUCAUCCAGAGGUGGAGCUGACUUUACACUGUGGAGAUGGAAAGGAUUUAGGUGUGGUCCAGUACUGGCACACCCCCUUUGGAGACCUCCACACUCCUGGUUCCCAUGGUAAACUGGACCCCGUCGUCAUGCACCAUGACGGGAGCCUGCUGGUCCCCAACACCAGUGCUCUCCACAGUGGCCUGUACUACUGCCUCCUGCAGCACACAGAGGGAACUACACUGUGGCCGUAUGAGCUCCACGUCGGUCACGAUGGUCAAAACCUUCAGGAACUGGGAGAAUACGAGCGAAGCAGCCGCUGUGCUGCGCUCAGGUUCAGGAGGGAUGCUGAGUCUGAGGAGGCGAAGCAGGCAGGUGUUUCAGCCGAGCUGUUUGCAGGAGCUGUGGCUGCAUCAGUGCUGCUGACCUUUGUGUUGGGAUUCAGCAUUGGAGCUUUUAGCAGGACUCAUGUUCUCAGGUGUUUAGGGGCAGUCAGGGCAAAGCUGCGGUCACCAAAACGAGGACGAAAGCGCCAAAACGACACAACUGACCACGGCCCCGAGGUCAGCAUGGCAACCCUGCCGCCCACGAACGAGAACCCGGCCUCUGAAAACGACCAGGUGGUGCACAACAACUCUGCGCCUAACCUGUCUCCUCCUGCCAAACCUCAGAGAAGCUUCCGGCACAAACGAGAGGAAGACGAGCCACCAGAGACCACUGCAUAUCUGGAAGGAUGUGACUACAAGGAGGAGGAGGAGGAGGAGGAAGAAGAGGGAAGAUGUGCAGAGAACAGAAAUAAAGGCAGUGAUAAGGAGUUAGAAGAGGGGGAGAAAGAGAGCCGGUUUGGUCGCUUGUAUCUGAUAGGAGAGGAUGGAGAGAGUCAAAGUGAAACAGAUGAGGAUGAGGAGGACAAACAUGGAAGCGAGAGCAGGGAGGUGAAGAUGAGUAUGGUGCAGGAGGAAGAGGAGGCGGCGGCCGGUGAGGAGAAAGAUGGAGAGACGGAGAUUUCCAGAGAUUCUGAAAAGUCAUCUUUUGAAAGUGAAGAUGAGGAGACAGGAGGCAAAAACCAGGAGGUGACCGAUCAAGGAGCGCUGCCGCCCUCCCCACCACGCCCAGCCCGCCGCAGCCGCGUCAUCCGCCUGUACCAGUAUGACGAGGACGGCCAGCGAUACGGCCACCUUCCAGACCCUGGCCCCGACGCUCCUCUCCCCGCCCCCAGAUUCAAACAGCGCUCCGUCUCUCUGACGCGCCUCUCCGCCAUCAUGGCUGCAGCCUCAACAGGGCCACUGGACCAGAGACAACAGGAAGAAGGAUAGUGAGCAGACGUCAAACUUCCACAUGGACAUUUGAUAGAUGCUACAGAGAGUGGACAAAAUAAUGACAACACCAUGGCUCAAGUCGAGUCCAGCUCUACAAACUUUGUUUGGAAGGGUCGCCACAUUUAGCGCCACAAACCGAGCCUGCGUUACGCUUUACUGCUACACCUGAGGACAAUAAAGGACAAAGUCUCACACAUUCUUCAAGUUUCCAAAGUAAAAUAAUUAGGGGGCACACCAUAUAAUGCACGAGUGGGGAGUCCAUUCUUCAAAAGUUAAAUGCUUUCUUUGGCACAGAUGUUCAGUGCAUAUUAUUAUUAUUAUUAUUAUAAGUUAUAUUUGCAUUAUAACUAUAUAUAUUAUAAUUUCCACUCAUGCUUACUUGCAGAUCUGAGUUGCACUGAUUUGAUUAUCUCAGAAAAUCUGCAAAAAUGUACAAAAUAA